GAUUCCAAGUCAGCGGCGGUGGUGUUGGAAGCAGCAGCAGUAGAAUGCGAGCGUAUUGAUCGGCCCCCGGAGUACAGCGUAGCGAUCGAUGGCGACUAGUGAUGCGCAUGGCCCAGCUGUCCGCCCGCACUGGCGGCGUUCAGCGCUACUGCGACUGUUCCUUCUCUCCAGCUUUCUGCCUGCAGUGUCGUGCAUGGACUAACCGUUAGAUCGGGCGUUAUGUGUACUAGCCGCCGGCAGCUCUGCUUAGCAUGAAGACCGGCUGAAGCCAUGGUAUUCUGUCUCGUGCAGAAAAGGGGGAAACAGACAGGCCUCGCGUAAGAGGCAUUCUCACCUCCUGUUUGUUUCUUCCGAGCUUCUGCAGCAGAAGCCGUUGCAGCUGGGUGAUGUGCCCAGGGACCUAAAGAUGUGCUCAUUUGAGGGUCUGAGCGAGCACCGAAUUGCUUUGUACCGGGCAGUGCAGGCCAUUACUGCGACUGGAUUGUCCGUGCUCACCCAUACACAUAGUGGGCUGCUCCUGCUGUCUCCAAUCUAUAAUUCUGAUGGUGAUCGCAUAGCUUCUGUCUGUACCAUCGGAGUUGAACCUUUUCACGGUUUCUUCCACAAUGGAUACAGAGGCGGCAAAAAAUUACAGAAAGAAAAAAAUUGAGGAGAUAGGAAAGAUGACAGCUCUCAGCCAAGAUGAGAUUGUCAGCAGCACAAAAACAGUAAUCCAGGGCCUAGAAACAUUAAAGAAUGAACACCAUCAGAUCCUUAACUCUCUCCUCUCCUCCCUCAAAACCAUCAAACGUGAAAGUGGGGAUACUAACCUUGUGGAGGAAAAAACUAACAUCCUCAAGAAAUCCCUUGAAACCAUCGAGCUUGGCAUUGGUGAGGCACAGGUGAUGAUAGCUCUCACACAGCAUUUUCAGAGUGUGGAGGCAGAGAAACAGAAAUUGCGAGCCCAGGUUCGGAGACUGUGCCAGGAAAAUGGCUGGCUGAGGGAUGAACUGGCAAAUACACAGCAGAAGCUGCAGUUCAGUGAACAGAAAGUGGCAACACUGGAUGAGGAAAAGAGACAUCUUGAGUUCAUGAACGAGAUGAAGAAAUAUGACACUGGCGACUCCAAUGUUUCGACAGAAGAAAAAGAGGCAGAGCCACCUUCACAGCCACUUGACUUGGGCUUUCCGGAUGAUGAUGAUGAUGGCCAUUCCCCUGAAGUGUUAUCACCAACACAGCCAGGUGCUAUGGCUUCAGCAGCAAGUGGUGGGUAUGAAAUUCCUGCAAGACUGCGUACACUUCACAACUUGGUGAUCCAGUAUGCAUCUCAGGGACGAUAUGAGGUGGCUGUGCCUCUCUGCAAGCAAGCACUAGAGGACCUUGAGAAGACCAGUGGCCAUGACCAUCCUGAUGUAGCCACUAUGCUCAACAUCCUCGCGCUUGUCUACAGAGACCAGGGGAAGUACAAGGAGGCAGCAAACCUAUUGAAUGAUGCAUUGGGAAUUCGUGAAAAAACCUUGGGGCCUGACCACCCAGCUGUGGCAGCCACUCUUAACAAUUUGGCGGUACUUUAUGGGAAGCGUGGAAAAUACAAAGAGGCAGAGCCUUUAUGUAAACGAGCCUUAGAAAUAAGAGAAAAGGUGCUUGGGAAGGACCAUCCUGAUGUUGCCAAGCAACUGAACAACUUGGCUCUUUUAUGCCAAAAUCAGGGCAAAUAUGAGGAGGUAGAGCAGUACUAUCAGAGAGCACUAGAAAUUUAUGAGGGCAAACUGGGCCCUGAUGACUCUAAUGUAGCAAAAACCAAGAACAAUUUGGUGGAAAAAUAUUAUCUUCGAGCAUUAGAAAUUUACAAGAAACGGCUGGGGCCAGAUGAUACCAAUGUGGUUAAGACUCAAAAUAACUUGGCAUCAGCAUACUUGAAACAAGGCAAGUACAAACAAGCAGAAACACUAUACAAAGAAGUCUUGACACGAGCUCAUGAAAAGGAGUUUGGAAAAGUAGAAGGAGAAAACAAGCCUAUAUGGAUGAGAGCUGAGGAGAGAGAAGAAAAUAAGGGAAAGAACAAAGAAGGAGAACCUCUUCCGGACUAUGGUAGUUGGCAUAAAGCUUCAAAAGUUGACAGUUCCACUGUAACAACUACAUUAAAAAACCUUGGAGCCCUCUACAGGCGGCAGGGAAAAUAUGAAGCUGCUGAAACACUAGAAGAAUGUGCCAUGCGCACCAAGAAAAUGGGGCCUGCGGACAUGGUCCGGCACACCAAACUAACGGAGGUGGUAGUCAGUGACUAUUCUAAGGACAGUGUCCCCAACAAAGACCCAGCGGCGCGCAGGCGCUCAAACUCCCGCGACCGGGCGCGCCGCGAUUCAAUGGAUAGUGUGUCAUAUGAAAAAAUUGACACAGGUGAUGAAACUGGCAAAAUGAAACGCAGUGGCUCGUUUUCCAAACUGAGAGCUUCCAUAAAGCGUAGCAGUGCUAAACUGGUCCAGAAACUCAAGGGGAAAGGUCCCACAGAUGAAAACUCUGGGAGUUUUAAUUGGUAUUUGCGGGGCUAUUAUGGAAAUGAAAGUAUGAAAAGAGCAAGCUCCUUGUCGGUCCUCAACAUAAUCAGUAGUAAAGACGAUAAGCUCCAUGAAAGUCGGCGAUCUGCAGGCGACUUGAGGAUAAAAGGGCGUACUGCCAGUACAGAGCAUAUAGCGGGACAAAUAUUUUGACCCUAUACUCUCUGCUAGCUUUCUGCAUUGUGUGUGUGCAUCCUGCUUCAGAAAGAGUCAUCUCACAGCAUAUGAAGGCUUGGUCAUUGUCAUCAGGGUGUCAUUACUCAUCUUCUUUCCUUCAUUGCUGCCACUUCCCCUACAAUCAUUAAUUUCCGAUCAGUGUGUAUGUUUGCAUGUGUGCAUGGACAUAAUUCAUCACUGAGAAGGGUUGCGUAGACGUAAUUUUCAGAUUAGUUUUCUUUUUAUCUUGUUCUGUUACUUUAAACAACAAUCUGUAGUAUCAUCUAACUUAUGUCUGACCAUCCAACAUAUUUUUCAUUGGAUAUAUACCAACGGCUUAUGCUUCCUAGGUGUUAGAUGUUCGUUAGUUUAGGUUGAUACUUUUUUCCUUCCGUAUUGUCUAUGAGGCACAAACGGUAGUGGUAAAAUGCUGUCUCUGCAUCUUAAAGGACAGAAGGUCUUAUGGAUUUUCUUUUGAGGUCAUGUAAGAGGGGAGGCUUCAUAGCUGUGAUUUGUAUACAUCACCUUGAAGUAGAUCACCAACGCAAAAUUCACUCUGCCGUGCCAUCCCCACUCAACAGCAAAACUAUUACCUAAGGUAACAGGCAGUGGAGAAAGAGACUUGAGCACUGCCUUCCACAGGCAUACAAUAAACACAAGUGAAUCAUUUACAGUUCACUGGCUUAGUAUACGGGACCUUCACUUCUUUUGAGGCUAUGAAAUAAAAAGUUGCUAAUGCAGAGUUUAACCUCAUUUUUUGAAAUAUUGCAGUCUACCUUUAAAUCAGUAGAUGUCUAUAGUGUAUAGAUGAAAGCAGCUUAGUUUUUAAAUGGACAGUGUUCCCAACAGUUGCUAAAGUGGGCAGUAAGUUUGUCUUAUCAUAAAUUGUUUAAUUUUGUAGGGGAGAGUAGGGAGGAGUCUUUAUGGCCAGAGAUGUUUAUAUUCCUAUUGCUGGCACUCACAGAAAUGAGUGACUGUUUACAAAGUUCGGUAGCUUGCACACAUUUGGACCUGUGUCUUUCAUUUUGCUCCCUGUGCAGUAGAAAUUUUCAUGGGUGAUGAAGCAGAAGUGUUUUUUGGGAAUGAGCGCUUGGCGCUGAGAAGAGAUUAGGAUGCUGUUGAUGCAGUGUUGUACUCUGCUGGUUUAAGAAAAUAUAUUUAGUUGCUUUCCUUUUUUCAGACUGCCCUUGCAUUCAAAUCCUGCUUCUGUAAAAUUUGAUAUGGAUGCAGCCUAACAAAUAAGGUUCAAUAGGAUUAUUUUGUGCUAUCAUUCCAAAUAUGAAGUCAUUGAGUUCUAGUGAAUGCAAACUUAAAGCAAGGACAAAAAAAAAAAAGGCAAUUCCUGCCCAUUAUUUAUUAUAUUGGUCUGUGAAACACUUAAAACAUAUUUACAAAUUAGUUGAUUUUUUUUUUUAAAUGAAGAUUUAGAAUCUGCUUUAGCCACCUUGUCUCCAUGAGUGUAUGUCAUAAACAGCAUGUUAGGAACUGGUUUUUGUCCUGCACUGAGAUGGCGCUGGUCUCUUCACAUUUUCAUCUCCCACCUGCUUUCUUCAAUGUUGAAUUUGGGCAUUGGCUGACUAGGGUGAGGGAAAUGGCAUCAUGCAACAUUUAACGAGGGCUUAAUGCAUAGUCGCCAUUUUACAGCAGAUUUGUGAUAAUGUCAACAAGAAUUUGCCCUGGCAACAUUCAGCAGGCCCAUCUGUUGUUUUUUGUUGCUGUUGGCACAUUUCAGCUGCUGUUUUAUUUAUUUCAUAUUGUGUUAUGGAAGGAACACGAGUGGUGUUCAAACAGUUGAAUAGUCUUAAGCACAUUGCUGUUUCAGUAGAAACUGUGUACCUCUGUAUGUUUUUGUAUUUGGUAGGAUGGUAAAGGGUGCUUCAGAUUAUUUUGUAAAUAACUUGUUACAAAAUGCAUGAAUACUGUUAAGAUAAUUAUUGGAUUAACAUCAUAAAGUAGGAAAUGGAUUUAGUAUUUGUCAUGGGUGUUUUUGAUGCCUCUACCAAAAAGAGAGAUUACAAGAAAAUUCAUUUCGUGGCAUGUGUAUUCUUUAAACAGUCCACUUAGCUGGAUUGUUAGUAUUCAUUUUGACUAAAUGUGCAUCAUGUAUCUCACUACUGUGCUCACAGCAGCAUAGCAACUAUUUCAUUUUUAAAGAGCUUUGACAGAGUGACCAAGCACACAAGUGCCACAAAUUUUUCUUUAGAACAAAUUUGUAUCAAAAGUAAGCUGCUGAUGGAUCAGGGGUGGCUGUUAUGAGAAGUGGAGAAAUCUUCGUCAGUUCCUUUAUGCAGAAUGAUUGCUGGAUAAACAGCCAGGUGCUGCUGAAAACACUUGAUUACUCAUGUCUCCUUGGUUGGGAAUGUUCCAGAGCAUCAGUCCUAUGAAUUUGCGCAUGAGGCACAUGAGUAAGCAAAUUUUCAGUUUCCAGCAUCCAACAUUCCUUUUCGCUUUUCGAGUCUUAAAAUGCUUAAGAGUUGGAACAUGGCGAAAGAUAGUAGUUUCUCACCAGGUUUUACAUAAAGAUGAGCAGGAUGCGAUAAUGUAUGCUUUAAGUGUCCAAAAUAGCAGCAAUGUCUCCACUUUUUCACCCCUAUUCGGAACUUUAAAAAAAUGCAUUACAUGCUUUUACUGUUGUGAGGUUUGACUGAAAGAAUUGUGCAUAAGAGCCAAAGGGAAAGAAUAUGCAGUCUGUGUAUAUGCACCAUUUUUUUGAAAGUUGAAAUACAAGUUAAAUAUAGAGGGAGAGCAGAUAGCACAGUGGCAAGAGUGUAUCUGAGCCUGAAGACUUGCAAACCAAGCAAUUUAUAACCUUGCUGUAGACUGUUGCACCAGCCCCACAAAAGAUAGCCCUUAUAAGUGUCCUGUAAUACCUCACUCCCUAUGAUAUUAAGGAUCAUUUUCACCUUUAUGAGCUGAAGUUACUGUUUAAACCGCAAAAUAUGAUCCUGUAUUAAGCCUUGCUAGUUACCGAGUCACCUGGCUCCUUACCCAUUGCAUAGCAAACCAAUUUUAAAAAAAGCUGCUACUUUUGUUUUCAUGCACAGCUGUAAUGGUAGUCAUACAUUUACCUUAAAGCUCUGAGAUGCAAACUACUUGUUUGCAUUAAAAACUGCUUUUGACCUUGUCCUUCACAGCACAUUCUUGCACAAUUCAUGUGUGUCACAAUGAGAAAUUUAUAUGUACAUUGAUCUUUUGUGAUUGGAGAAAGCCAAGGCUUUUUCAUGGUAGAUCCUGCAACUAAAAAAUUUAAGGGAAACAUUGGUUGGUUUCUUUAAAAUGUUCAUGUCUUGAGUCAAUGCUUUAUGUGUUUCAUAAUAAACCAAAUAUAAAAAAUUA